UGGGUGGUAUGCAGCACGAAGUAGACGAUAGAGUCAUUUGUCGUCUACAGAAUUGGUAGGGGUGUCCUUCUGGCCGACUGAUGUCACCCUAGCUCAAGGAUAACAUAUUAAUGAAAAAUACGGGGUGGGCAGAAUUAGAUUUUCAUUUUCGUAACAAGGUGAGAUGGUUGUAAUGUCAUCAAUUCUCUUACUCAUUUCGAACCACUGGGAUGCGAUGUGCAUGGUUGUGAUUUACUACGGAGUUGGAUGAAUUAAGUUUGGAUUGAGUUAACGAUUGACAAGUUGUUGAUUGAUUCUGGAAUUACAUGUAGUAACCUAAAAACUGCUUCUGUUUGGAAGUUCUUCUUAAUUUGAAGGAUACACACUCAGGGAACUAUACAUUUGGAAUAGAAUUUCAAGAAAUGUGAAGGAUGCCUCGGAAGCGUCGACAUCGUUUAUAGCCAGGGGAACAUGAAGGAUUGAUUCCUUAUGCAGACUGACUGGUUUUCAAGUUAUCUUCGGUGAGGUUAGAAGAAGGUGUGCAAAAUGGAUGCCAGACAGAGAGGAGGCUCUGCCCCAGUGGUAACUCCCACGGGUGUAACAUUCAGGGAACGUAUGCCCUCUGCUGGUCACAUGGGACCUGUAAUGACACUCAGUGAGCGUGGAAGAGUAAUGCAUCCUAAAACUUUAGCCUUGAAGUAUGAUAGAGGUGUUGGUCCAAUGAUCCGACACGGCGAGAUGUUCUACCACAAAGCCUCCCCCCUGCCUGGUGCUCCUGAAGUACGGUACUGCCCCGUUGUACGGGUCCCACGGAUGAGCGGCAUCUUCUGUGAACAAUGCAAUAACAGACUUGUAGACUUGAAGAGGCAGGCCCUCAAGUUUCUUGUUCCGAGCCCAAAGAAUAAAGCACUGCUGUUUGGGGUAAGUAACAACUUCGAUCCCAAGAACUCAACGAACAAGAAUACAAGGAAAAAGGAAUCCUCAGAACUUGCAAACGCUAUAGCAGAGAACAUCCACAUCCCAGAGAGCUUCCGACGGUCACUCAUCAAUGACCGAUGCAAUGUUUGUGAUACACACGUGAACCAGCUCAAGCACGAAGCCGUUACUAUGGUCCAGUCAUUAGAACGUGCCCAAUCAGACACCGCCACUUCGACCAAUAACGCUGCAACCAUGGUCGGGCCACGCAACCUUUCCUCUGCUCCAAGGUCUGGUCCAAACAUGUCACCACAACACAGGUUGGUGCGACAAGGUAAAACCGUCUAUGCCACAGGAACACAAGGCCAGGGACAACCUUACCUUGAUCAGAAUGUCCUCUCAUGGGUAGAUCCCAGGAAGUAUAAUCAGAUGCUGUCAAGUCCACCUCCACCUCAACACCAGCAGCAUCAGCAGGAUAUGAAUGGUCGAGAUGGCAGCAAUAUGCAUUCACCGCUACGGAUGACCCUACCUCCCGGUCACCAGAAUCCCGUCUUACACUUCCAGCAUCAAAUACAGAGUGGACAGUAUCACAACGGUCGGCCACAUUCACCGCUACCAAUGCAGCCUUACCCAGCUCAGGGUGGCGGUCAGGCGCCCGUUCAAUUCGGUCAUGGAUAUCCUCAUAAUUCGGGAUAUUUUUCCCCUCAUCAACAUAGUCCAGUGCAUAGUCCUCAUAGUCCACACAGUCCAAUGUCACACCCGUCUGCUGCUGCAUCAUUCUUCGCAAGGGCUGCUCAGAAACUAGCUUCUAAAAAGAAGAAGCGUCAUCAACCACCCGAACCCGAGCCACCUCCAUUUCCGACCAAGUUUUAUGAAAUUUUACGCCUUGCACCACCACCCGUCCCUCCUGGAUUACUACGAGGGCUAAGAGCACAGCCACCUGUUGGAAAGGUGAAGGUAAUGCUAAGGAUAUGUCAAGAUCCAAACCGUGCCACAGACCAGGGGCCUUCCUUCAUCGGGGUAGACCCACGCAAGAAACAGGUCACGCUACACGACCCGUCAAUAUACAAUGGCUACACAGCGCCAUCUCAGCGAAAGGCGGGGACAUCAGCGCCGAAGAUGUUUGCCUUCGAUGCCGUGUUUUCAGAAGAUGACUCAUUGCCUGAAAUUUGCUCAAGCAGUUUGACCGAGAUUGUCCAAUCCGUUGUUAGUGGUCUUGACGGGUGCCUGUUUUGUUAUGGAACAGCCAAGCUAGAUAAGACAUACACGAUGAUAGGGGAGGACUCCUCGUUCCAGACCCUCGGUAUUAUCCCGUGUGCCAUCUCAUGGCUCUUCCGCCUCAUCCAGGAACAGAAGGAGAAGACAGGAGCAAGAUUCUCUGUACGUGUGUCUGCCGUGGAAGUUGCGGGGCGGAGUGAGGAACUCAAGGAUUUACUUGCAGACGUUGCUUCUGGUAUGGAAGCUGGGAGUGGUACUGCUCCAGGGGUCUAUCUCCGUGAGGAUCCGAUUUCAGGGACACAGUUGGAAAAUCAGAGUGAACUCCGAGCACCAACGGCAGACAAGGCUGCGUACUACCUCGAUGCGGCCCUGGCAGCUAGGGCCACCCCAGAAUUGGAAGAAGACAAAAGGACAUCACAUCUGCUCUUUACAUUACACGUGUAUCAAUAUCGGGUUGAAAAAGAUUCGCAAGGUUCAGCUGGAGCCGUUUCUGGAGGGAGGAGUCGUCUCCACCUCGUCGAUUUGGGAAGUAGUGGGAAAGCGAAGGAUGGGAGCACACCUGCACUAACGUUGCAUGCCCUUGGGAACGUAAUAUUAGCCUUACUGAAUGGACAGAGGCACAUCCCACACAGGGAUAGCAAAGUGAGUCAACUACUUCGAGAAUCUCUUGGAAAUACCGGCUGCCAUACAAGCAUGAUAGCACAGGUGUCACCACUGUUCCAUCACUACAAUGAGACGCUGCAAGUCGUACAGUUGGCCGCAAGGAUUCAUCGCAUGAGACGGAGACGACUUGGAAAGACUCCAGGCCAGUUUUCGAGUGCCAGUUCAGAGGACAGUUCAUCAUGUGAUGAAAGUCACCGAUAUCGCAGACCGAUCCGGCCUAGAAUGGGAGUCUUACGGGAAGGAAUUGCAUACACAAAUGCCUUGUCUUCACACUCAGAUCCAGAAUAUACGUCGAGCAGUGAACAAUCAUGUGAUACAGUCAUCUAUAUUGGUAGAAAUGGACAAUCUCUCAGUGACCGAGAAUUGACUGAUAAUGAGGGUCCGCCUGGGUGUGUACCAUUGGGCCAACGGGCGUUUAUGAGGCGAGGCUCAAGUCGUGGGUCACGUUCAUCUGAAGAUGAGGGAAAUAUGUCUGAUCGGAGUAACAAAUCAGAGAGGAGUCGUAUCAAGAUGGGCACCUCUGCUGCCUGUCUGUCGAGUCGCUCUGAUAGGUCACCGUCACAUAGCACGAGCAGCAGCCCAAGUAAAUCGAGCACCGGUAUUCCACAACCAACAACCCCAACUGGGCAGGCUGUCGUUCAGCUUCCACGGAAAAUCAACGUCAAAGCCAAACCGACACUGCCUGGGAAGAUGAAAUCGGAGGAUGGGAAGUCCAAGAGUGGCCGCUCUCGAGGACCAAUGAGAAUGGAGAUUGAUCCAAAUAAUCCACCCCAGGAGCAAUGGAUAGAUGGACCGAGUGCACCAUUCUACCCAGAGGCGUCACGGCCAAUGCCAGAUUCACGCGCUAAACCGUCAAAUGAAUUAUGGGUUGAUGGGCCGAGAGAAUUCAAGUCAAAAAAUAAGAAAGGAGCUCCAAAUCCAGAGGGCAAUGAGCGAUGGAUUGAUGGCCCGCCAGCAAUGCUCAACGCGAAGCGUGGUCAUUCUCAUCGAAUGCAUACACAUAUGGUUCCUGAUGAAGAAAGUAGUACAAAGCAACGUGAGCACACACCGCCUCGGGGUUCAGUGCCACAUAAUACGCCACAUAACUCUCCACACCAUGUCCCCCAUCAUCAUGGUCACCACAAGCCAAAGGAGGUGUCUCUAGUCGACCAGUAUCAUCAGAAGAUUGAAAAGAAACGGGAGGCCGAGGAAUUUGAAAAGGAGGGUUCAGAACCACCAAAUGUGCGAGGGGCCGACGGUGACAGUACCUUACCACGGUAUACAGAUAAGGAAGAGGUUGUUUCAGAGGCCUGUGCAGAAGAGGAAGAUGAUGACGAUAUGGAAAUCGUUGAAAUGAAAGUGGAGGCCACACAGACGACACCACUUGGUUCAGAUUUAGGUGCCGGGGAGAAUUAUUUGAACGAAAUGAACAAUAAUGUUGAUCAGAAAACUGAGGAUGGAGAGGAGGACGAAAACGAGGAGUUAUUCAUUGAAGAGUCCGAGGAGCCCGAAGAGGAACAUUCAAUAAGUAAUGCGACUUUAGAUAGUAAUAAGGCUAAUGUGACUGAAUCUAUCGCGGUCAGAUCUCGGGUUUCUGAGACACCUGAAACUGACCCAGAGAAGCUCAAAGCCCUUGAGGAUCCCGAGACGUAUAUGCAUGUGAAACCAUUUGUGCGUGAUUGGGUUGAGAAACACAGCAUUAUGUCAUCGGCUGAGUCGAAUGUUCAUGCAAAAAUAGACGAGCGAUACGACAGUAAGCUAGGUUAUGAAAACAUGAUCAAGCAUUCCCGAAAAUCUAGCCGCGAAAGUUCACCAAUGCAUCAUGGGAAAUCUGGUGAUAGAGAAAGGUCAACAUCACCGAAAAAUACACCUGGUAUGUCAUCUAAAUUCAAACAUGAACUUAAGAAAAAGUUGAAAAAGGCGGCUGCUAUGCCUCCUCAAGCAAGUCCAAACCACCGUGUAGCAGAGUGGGUUCAGUCAAUUGCUGCAGACGCAAAAGCCGAGGAUAAAACUCAUCAUCAUUCAUUACCGCGGGCGCGACACCAUCAUGAUGACUGGACAAGUGCUGAUUAUCAUACCAACAGGCGCCAGGAAGUUUCACCGCGGCGGAAGUCUAAAACACAGAAACAAGUGUUGGAAGAUGACGGCGAUGACAAUAUGUGGCAAAAGCCAAUCGAAGUAGGUCUUAGAACGGAUGCACGAAGACCGAAUUCACUUGAGAGGCCGAAGCCUAUUGUUCCAGACAAUCAGAGUAGUGACAAUUUACGGGCAACCAUUUCUGAUCUUCUCAGGGGUAAUAGACAAUCAGCGUAUGAAAUCCAGGCUGACCUGGAUCUUGAGUCAGAAAUUAAGGGUUCAUGUGAUAAUUUAGACUUGGACAUUACAGGACAGAUUCAGAGGCCUGUUGAAACAAGUACGCCAAUAAAACCUUCAACGGACAGAAUGAAUCUUUCACUAAUUUCACAACAAUCGAACAGUGUUUGCGAGCCGCUGUCGCCUGUGUUAUCAGACUCUUCUGAUGUGGUGGUUAGAACCAUUGUGCCUCCAUCGAGUCUCCGAAGACCGGAUGGUGCAUCUAAUCCACAUUUAAAUAAAGUGCCAUACAGUGAGGGUGAAAUGUCGCCGUCAGAUAAAGAAUUUGAUAAACAAAUCCUAUCUCCAUCCAAAAUAAUGAGCUACCUCCCUUCAACGUCAACGACGCAUAUCGUUGCUAAAGUUACAUCGCCAAAACGGUCAGUCAUUGGCCAAUCAUCUGAGGACUUUGCAAGCGAAUCUAAUGAGAGUAAACUACCUACACUUGGUGGUUGUAAGUCAAAAACAAAACCGCCACUGCCAACACGGACUUCUUCAAAACUUUCUUCCCCAAAACAUCAGGAGGAAGAAAAGGCAAAGAAAAUGCCCAAAUCUGGCUUACCUAUUUUUGGUAUUAAGUCUGGACGUUCAAUGUCUGCUAGUCCUGCGCCUGGUCCUUCCACUAAAGAAAAAUCAAGUAAAUUACCACAGCGGUCGCAAAGUGCUGAAUCGCCGGGAAGCAGUCACUCCAGCAAUAGUCCGACGAAAGUUGCAAAAAGCUCUAAACUGCCUCUAUCUUCUAAGUCACCUAGUGGUAAAUCAGAGAAAAAUUCUAAGGAAAAGUCAAAAGACUCAAAAGAAAGUAAAUCUAAAGAUGUGAAAGCUAAAGACUCCAAGAGUAAGACGAAAGAUGCCAAAGAGAAAACAAAAGAUACAAAGGAAAAGGGAAAGGAGAAGGAUUCUAAAGCCAAGGAAUCUAAGUCAAGUAAAGUUUCUGUUCGGGGAAGUCCUUUGUUUAGACGCGAUAAAACAAAGGAUAAGGAAAAAGAGCGUGAAAAGAAAGAGGCAAAGGAGAAGGAAAGGGAGAGAAAAGAAUUGAAAGAGAAGGAAAAAAAGGAGGCAAAGGAGUUAAAAAAUAAAGGCAAGGAUUCGAAAGAUCGAAAGGACCCAAAGGGAAAGGACAGUAAACUGCCGGUUUGCACUACAAUGGCCGUGACAAAAAUUAGCAAAGUUAGUAAUGAGCGAAUCAGUGAAUUAACAGGACAUACCAAAUUAAAACUCGCCGAUUCUGAUGGGAAUGACAGUGGAAUUCUAAUGGCGCAGGAUACUAAGUUGUUAUCACCGUAUUCUGCGGUUACGAAGCCCCGGAAUUCAUUGCACUCGUCCAGUGGGCAUGGAAGUGACAUUAGCAGUACGAUAAGUGUGAGCGGCCCACUUUUCACAAAGCAUUUGGCAAGGAUUGAUAUACGGCAGGGUGGUACAAGCAGCGGCUAUGAAAGUAUGUUACGGGAUAGCGAAGCCACAGGAUCGUCAUCGCACAAUGACUCCACCAGCGAGGGUUCAUCAGGAGGCAAAGUUCAGGGAACCAAAAUUUUACGGAAAAAAGCAUCAUCGACGAGACGAAGUCGAUCUGCCCCCGCCCGGACACCAGACAGUCCGUCCCCUGGUUGUCUUCAGAGCCCUUUAGGGUGUCGAAAAGCCUUCAGUCCCCCUCCGGACCAAACUUGGAUUGAAUCAGAGUAUGCAUUUGAUGAGCCGCUAGAGUUGAAGCAUUAUGACAUGGCCGAUGUGGAACGGAUGCAAAGACGACGAAAUGAGGAAAUAGAGCAAGAGCAAAUACGGGAGGUGCGUCACCACAAGAUCAGUCUACUCCUAGCCAAACAGGAGGAGUUGAAGAUAGAACUUGCCAGGGCAAAAGAAAGGCUCAUGAUUGACAGGGAUAGUUGGAGUUAUGACUUACAUGUUGCGGAACAGAUGGACUGGGAUGACCCAAACUAUCUCGAAGCUCUGGAGAGAGAGACUAAAAUACUGGAGAAACGUGUCGAUGCCUGCAAGUCACAUAUUAUGAUCGUCACAUGUUUUGACAUCACUGUGUGAAAGAACCUUAAAUCCAGUGUGAUCGAGGAAUGUAAAAGUGCAUUUAAGUAGCAUGGUUGCUACAAAUCGUCACCCUCCUACGAUAAUUGCCCAACUCAUUUUAGCUACUUUUGAGAAAACAAGAAAAAACUAAUUUUGAUCUCACUGGGAACUUAUUUAUUUACAAUUUGUUUGGAAAUGGUACAUGAUAAUAUGACAAUUCAGUUAGGCAAUUAUUGUAGGAGGGUGACGAAAUGAUGUGAGACUCUAUGGUACAGAGAUUGGUUUUGAUAUUUCACUGAAGAUUACAGUGAAGGAAUUUAUGGUGUAACAUGUUGCCUCUGAAUGGAGCAGGUCUCAGGAAAGCUGAAUCAGUGUGGGAUGUAAUGCUGGAUGUAACAUUUGAUUGAUGGUGUUAAGUGACUUGCCCAAGGGCUGUAUGAGACUUCAAUUUGUUUACAGGUGAAGCAAUGUUCUUGUCAAUGGUUACACAUUAGAUUAAGCAACAUAUGGUUUGGCAACUAUAUGAUAAUGAAAUGAUUUGGACCAACAUAAAAAUUCUUAGUGCAAUAUUGAAGGUGCGGGUCACCUGCUGCUUGUUGAAUGGAGGUGCAGCCAUCUUGGGUCGACUGCAUUAGUAAUUACAGUCAAGGUAUUGUGUUCCACUUUCCACUCAUGCCUGAGUACAAUGAGGAAAUAACUAAGAGAACAACUAAAUUUGCACAUUAAGAACUUUUAAGUAAGAAAAGAGACAUUUUUGCAAUGUCUGGUCUUGUCUCCAUGCCGAUAAUAAAUUGUUCCCUUACAUCAGUACCAGGAAUUCUUUUGAAAGGUCAAUCAUCCACUAAACUCUAGUUGGAGGCUCAAUCAGGAUUGUUAGUUUCAGGAAAUAACUUUAACAGGGUAUAGGCUAUCGUUUAUUAUCGGUGAAUGAAAAUUGUGUUAAAAACUGGUAUUUUACUAUGGUGAUGGUUUUAGCUUGUUUGUAGGCCUGUGUAUAAUUUUGUCUCAAACAAUUCUCAGAUACAUGUAAAAGUGGUGCAGUCAAACCCUCAGUUGAGGAUGCACAUCAUCUAAAUUGCUACCUCAGUAUGAAGAGAAUGCUUUAUCUGUCCCAAUUGAAGUUUCUGUUUUCAGCAAAAUCAUUUUCCUUAGAUGUUGCAUGAACAGCUCACACCAUGAAAAUAUUCUUUCUGUGUUUUAAAACUGCUAAAAUAGAUCAAAGUCUUUUAACACCUGAAUUUCAUCUUCAUUGUUGUAAUGUACUGCUGUGAAUUCUUGCAAAAAUGGCGCUAAUAAAUGUACAGGGUACGUCAAAAAUGUAUUUUUCAAUAACGUAAUCCCAGCAAUCUUUGCUGCGUCCUUACCCCCAUUAACUACUGAAAUAUUGAAAAAGGACAAAAAUGUAAGUUGCACUUUAUUGUCACAUCCUGUACCAGUUACUCUUAUUGCUGAUUCGUCACUAGUUUGAAGAUCCCUUUGACACAAUCACUCUUAUUGCUGAUACUCAUAUUUUGAACGACAUGUAUUGGACUGAUAGCUGAAGCAGACGCAUCUGUUUUGAAUGAUAUCUACUUUACACUAAACUUGCAUGACCAUUGUUUCUUCCUUAGGUUCCAAAGGUUCUUUUCACUUACAUGUACUUGCUUGAACAUUUUGAGGGGAAAUAGUACCCACAAUUUUCCAUGUCAAUAUUCGUUGUGCCUUUAAAUACUUUUGUGCGAACCUUGAAAAUACCUUAGUCCGAGAUAAUUGCUUAUUUCUCCGUACCAAGAAACCAGGGCCCAGACCUACUCAGACAAAAGUUACAUGUAUUUCUUCCAAAUAAAUCAUUUGUGUGCUUAAAUUUAUUUAAAACUUGAGUCUUUUCUAUUUUCAAGGUCUAAAAAAACGAGAUAAGACAAUAUCAAGCAAAUUCUAUUUUCAGAGCGUGUUUUGUCGAAUGACAUACUAAUGUAGUAUCAAUUUUAUUCGACCACUGUUAAUCUAACCAUAAGAAGUUUUGUCUAGCGAAUCACUUUACUUUUGGUUUAAAGAAGCAGAAACUCUCUUAGUUUAAUGUUACUUUCCCAGGUCUAACUCAUGUCAAAAGUGUCUGAUUUUUUGGACCAUCAUACCAGGUGAAAAUGUAUAUCGGGUGCCCUCUCUGAAUUUGGUUGAAAUGUUUGUAUCAAAAUAUCAUGUGCUUUCCUGCGAAGGUUGAUAUUAGUCGAUAAUCCUUCGUAAUCACAAUGAAAUCAACAUGGUUUGUAACCAUUGUAGUGCGCGUUUGUAAUCAUAGCUAAACGACACCAGUUUGUAAUGGCCAGUUCAUGAGUACACAGGGGCAGAUCUAGGAGUUUCCUGAAGGGCGUUUGACAAAGUGCCGAGCAUACAUGUAGGUCAACAUAUGCAGGCACACUGUUCACAGCCCAACCCCCCCUCCAGAAAAUUGUGAUAAACACUAUGCUCUGAAAUGUGAUUUUAGGCCAGUUGGUGAGCCGUUGGCACGAUGAUUCAAUUACAUGGCAUCUUCCCAAAGAAAAUUUUAAAAUCUAGAUGUUCUGAUAUGCGAUUUCAGGCCAUUGGAGCUAAUGUCAUGUGAUUUGGAAGUAGGCCUAUGGAAUCUCGUUACAAGAAGUUUUGAAAUCUAUGUGCUCCUCGAUGCAAUUUCGGGCCGACCAAUCUUAAUGAUUCGAAAAAAAAAUCGGCACGAGCAGCCGCGCGGGGGGGGGGGGGUCAGCACAUCUGGAUCUGCACCUGACUACAGUUAUAUUUGUAUCAUCAUGUAAUUAAACUAUGAGUACAGUGACUAUUUUUAGUUCAGAGCCGCUGUCUAUCCGCUGCCAUUUUGACUAUGCAUCAGUUCAGUAUUUUUGGGCAGCGCUUUUUGUACAAAGAUGGAUUGUUUUGCAAUCAAUUGUAGUUUCAUCUGUAUGUCUUCUCCUCGAUAAGUGGCUGCUCUUGAAUGGGCGGUGUUCAAGCAUCUGUGGGUCCAGGGUGUUUGAUUGACUUGUCAGGACCUCUCUAGCAGAGGAUUCUCAAUUGACUAUUGUUUACUAAAGCAAAAUUCUUGGACUAAAUGUAUGUUGUCAACCUUGUACAAAUACAGGUAGUUGUUGAAUAACUUAGUAAGUUAUAAUUUUUUGCUGUGAUGUAUAAUUAGAUACAUUGCAUUAUACAUGAUGUACACGACUUAUGUACUGUAACAGAUUAUUUAUGUAAUAUAAAUUAACCCCUUGCGAACUGAGCAUAAUUUUGUCAUGAUUAUGAAAAUUGGGUUGCCUUCAUGCACCAUUAUAUCAUCAGCCGAAUUUGUCAUUCUCUUUUUGUAGCGUUGGAAUGACCUUCAUUCAUAACUUUGUCAGCAUAUGUUUUGUGAAAGCUUAUAUUAACUCAAUUGGCAAACAAAAUAUUUUCAAUUAUGCUCAGUUCCCAAAAGGUUGCAUGUACACUGAUUCUUAGGUGCAGAUACAUAGUGACGUUCCCUCUAGCAUUCCUGUCAGUUGGUAAUGAGAUCAACCGUUCCAAUGCAUUUUCUUGAGACGGCUUGGCCCAUUAUGACUUGAACAGGGGUGGCUGUGGGUCAAAAUCACAUGAGGAUUUGUAAAAUAUUUUGUAAAUCUGUAAAUUUUAAAUAUGACAAUUGAGAACUUAUUGUAAUAUCUGGAUGCGGGAUCGUGAAUAACAAAUCAUCUGAACAGACUAUUUUAGGUCAGAGUCAUUUCUAAGAAUAGCAUAGAGCUCUUAGACAUGUAGUAUGUUGUCACUACAUGUAUGGUAGAAUUGCAAAUUAUUGUUUUUUUCAUACUUUUGGUAUGACAGUAGGUUUGGUGUAGGUUUUUAGAGCACUCGGACUAAACAAUAUUCGUUUGACCUCAUAUGUUUUUCUGAACUGUUCAAUUGAAGGUGGGUCCUUGGGGGUUUGGAACCCCCCACCCCAUAGUCAUUUGAAAAUAGGAAUGGGGCAAAAAUGUUGAAUCUUUUCUUAUAAUACAGGUGAUGGUGACCUAAACAGUCACCUGAUGUGAACUGCCAAGGGGUGGCCUGUCAAUUCUUUGAACAGCGCAGAACAGAUCUUAAAAAAUGUCAAUGUUAGAAACACCAUUUCGCUUCAAUCAGUCAACUGCUUCUGCUUGAUUUGUAAUUUUUUAGCGAAAUAGAAGUGCACGCAUCAAUUUUCACGUCAGCAGGGUCUUCACUCUCACUAAUGGUAUUAUACAGGGUUUACAGAUAUACAUCCCACCUUUAUGUUUUAAUCGUAGGAAUAUUACUGAGGUCUAUUGGCCAAAGGGUUAAUUUCACCUCUGAGUUCAAGAACAAAAUGUGGUCUGAUGAAGACAAACUUUAAAAUAAUUGUACGUCCUACCAUAUUUGCCUUUUUAUUAUUGCUUUUCAUUCAGAUGAUCACCAGAUAUAUCAUUCAGACUGUUUGAACUUUAAACCUUUCUGAUUUCUCUAUUUUAUGAAAUUAAAGUUUGUGAUCAUAGUGUAAUUUAAUUAUUUGACCAUGUCGUCAGGUGUUUGAAUCAAUAUAACCCUUGGCCAAUGAACUUUAGUUCAAACAUGUCAGACAAAAACAAUCAUUUUUUUGAUAUGUGUAACAUUGUUUAUUGAUAAACUGCUCCAUGAAAUUAUAGUAACCCUUUUGUAUCACUGGACACUUUGCAGACUCAUUGAACCUCUACAUUUGCUGAAAUCAUGAAAAGGUUGUCUUGAAAAAUGGGCAUAUGACAUUCUUGCAAUGACAUCUUUUUGAGACAACCUGUAUGAAGUUUACUUUAGCUGAACUGACUGGAAUUGUUUUUAUGCAGAUACACAUCAGCAUAUAUAAUGAUUUUAGGAAUUUGGGUGGUGUAAACUUCCAAUUGUAUUAGACUUGGCAUAUAGUUCUGCAAACUUUGGCAUCAGGUUUUGAGCAGGGUAAAAUUUUCUAAAUGACCUGCACUGUCCGUAUCUUGUACAGUUUAUUAUGUUGGAAGAACAAUAUGUGUGUAGUGUGUUCACCAAUAAACAUGGAGACAUUGCUAUAGUAUGCGGUAAACUACAACCAUGAUCGCUGUUUUGUACAAUAAAUAAAGAAUAAAGAGAACUUAUACAAAGCA